GCACGCUGGUAGCAGCCGCUCCGCCGGCGUGUUGUGUUAUGAUUUACGCGACACGAAGCCACCUAACCUGAUACCAGAAUUCUUCCCAUAUUUAAACUUUAGUAUUGUCGUAUUAGUAUUGGUUGCCUACAAGAGACUUUAGAGUGUCUGAAAUUUCGUGUUUGAAAUCGUAUUUGGAGUAUACCUGACAAACUAUCAGUGUUCCGUUUUCACGUUACGGAAAGAACAACAUCCACCACUCUCUGAACAUUUUCAAAUUGAAAGGGGUUGAAAGUUGAUCUCAGUGAUCACCAGCAGCGGAAUAGACGUGUAGAAUAUAUGUUCUUUGAUCCUUUUGUGUAUUUAGAAAUAGUGCAGCAUUCUAUUUGACUAUGGCCCUGCAGUGUGACAUAUGUUUCAUUGAUUUCGACCUGGACCUGCAUCGACCCAAGAUUUUGCCCUGUGGUCACACUAUCUGUAACGAUUGCGUGCUGAAUCCUGCAUUGGGGAGGAGGUGUCCAACUUGCCGGAAGGACUUGGCCGCUGACUCUGCCGACGUCCCCGACAACAUCUCCUUGGUCCGACUGAUAGAGGACAACGGCUCGCCACCCCGUAAGAAGCACAGGGCAGAUGAUACCGAGGUCCAGCAGCUGCAGCGAGGCGUGUGCGCGGGCAGGAGGGUCGUGGAGAUGCUGCGGCAGGUGGUCCCCAAGCUCGUGGAGAGCCUGAACCGUCAACUAGAGUCGUCGGUUGCCCAGCUCCACCAACUAGAGGAGGCCUUAGAGAAGCAGGUGCAACGGAAAGCGGCCGGCGAUGAAGACACCGCAAAGGAGCUCGCGGUGGACCAGCUGCAGCUGGCCUUGGAGAUGGAGGUCAGUCUCCAUCUACUCACCACCAGCAGGUGCAGCGUCGUUGCCGAGGAGGGUGGGUCCACCUGGAAGGCAUGUGUGCAACUUGGUGGAUUUUGCGACAUUUUGCGUCUUCUAUUGCUGCAGCUACGCGCCGAUGGUCAUUUAGAAAAGGAUGACAACAUUGCUGUUUCUACCCCACCCGCGGCAUAUGUGGGACCGCCCAUGCAGUUAGCACUCUCGAUAACUAAGGAAGAUCUUGACGAUGGUCAGUUGAAGGUGACUGACGUCCUUCGAAACGCCCGGCGAUGGAGAAAUGUGCGAAUCUUAAGAAACCUACGUGGUAGUGGUUCAGACAAGCUGCUGCGCGUCCUAUCACCGCAACUUGAGGAGGUAGAAAUCUCGGGUGAGGGAGAGUUAACGAUCAUGGAGGAGGUGGAGAAAAUGCCGUCGCUCAAAAGACUCAAAGUCGCAUGUAGGAAAGACUUGAAAGACAACUUCCCCGAACUGCCGUUGCAGCUAAAGGAGCUCUGGAUUCGCUUCCCAAAGGAGAAUCAAGUGCGAUCUUUGGAGCGCAUGCCCAGGCUGCGCAGCUUGCGGCUAUACGACUACUACGGCCCGAAUGUGACCUUCCUCCCUUCGCAGUACGGUCGGUUGCUGUGGCUGGGCGUGGGCCUUAACAUCGGCCACAAGGCCACAAUGCUGUCCCUCAUCCGCGCCCACGCCUCCACACUUCAAGAGCUUCAGAUAUUCAGUGCCAUCAGUAACGAAGGCGACAUGCGGCUGUUCUACUUCCCGGAUCUGGGCCAGGACCUGGCGGCGAGCGGCCUGCACGCCCUCCGGCGCCUCGUCCUCCAGCGUUCUACGUUUUCAAAGCCGUGCCCGGAGGCCGACGCGUGCUUGAUGCAGCUACGGACUCUUCGGGGCUUCCUGCCCUCUUCUGUAGAUGUGGUUUGCGAGGCGUGUCACGGUCACAUAUCUUCGCACUAGGUUAAGGCCUGGUAUUACUAUCAGAGUACCAACGUUGUUCAAUGUUCUAUGUUUACGAGUAGACAAAGUAUUGGUUAAAAUUUUGUUUAUAGCGGACAGCUUGUCAAAGUUUUAAAAUGAAAAUUAUUUAAAUAAAAAUUGUUGCUGUAAGUCGGUGUGUGUGGUCUGCAGGUCCUGCGCCGCCGGCUUGUCCUGUUA